CGGGGGGCCGCCCCCGGCCGGAGAUCGGCCCCGGCGCGUGGGGUAUGCGCAGCUAACGGUCCCGUCGGGCGGGCUUUCCUCUGGCGGAGCGCGCAGGCGGUGCGCCCCAGCUAUGGAGUGUCCGGGGAGACGGCGGGCAUGACGGCGGCAGGAUGGGCGCGAACAAUGGCAAACAGUACGGCAGCGAGGGCAAAGGCAGCUCAAGCAUCUCAUCCGACGUGAGUUCAAGUACAGAUCACACGCCGACCCAAGCCCAGAAGAAUGUGGCUACCAGCGAAGACUCCGACCUGAGCAUGCGCACACUGAGCACGCCCAGCCCAGCCCUGAUAUGCCCACCCAACCUGCCGGGAUUUCAGAAUGGAAGGGGCUCGUCCACCUCCUCGUCCUCCAUCACCGGGGAGACGGUGGCCAUGGUCCACUCCCCGCCCCCGACUCGCCUCACCCACCCGCUCAUUCGGCUGGCCUCCAGGCCCCAGAAGGAGCAGGCCAGCAUCGAGCGGCUCCCGGACCACGCCAUGGUGCAGGUCUUCUCCUUCCUGCCCACCAACCAGCUGUGCCGCUGCGCGCGCGUGUGCCGCCGCUGGUACAACCUGGCCUGGGACCCGCGCCUCUGGAGGACUAUCCGCCUGACGGGCGAGACCAUCAACGUGGACCGCGCCCUCAAGGUGCUCACCCGCAGACUCUGUCAGGACACACCCAACGUCUGUCUCAUGCUGGAAACCGUCAGUGUCAGUGGCUGCAGGCGGCUCACGGACCGAGGUCUUUACACCAUUGCCCAGUGCUGCCCGGAGCUCCGGCGGCUGGAAGUCUCCGGCUGCUACAACAUCUCCAACGAGGCAGUCUUCGACGUGGUGUCCCUCUGUCCCAACCUGGAGCACCUGGAUGUGUCAGGAUGCUCCAAGGUGACCUGCAUCAGCUUGACCCGCGAGGCCUCCAUUAAACUGUCCCCCUUGCACGGCAAACAGAUCUCCAUCCGCUACCUGGACAUGACGGACUGCUUCGUGCUGGAAGACGAAGGCCUGCACACCAUCGCGGCCCACUGCACGCAGCUGACCCACCUGUAUCUGCGGCGCUGCGUCCGCCUCACCGACGAGGGCCUCCGCUACCUGAUGAUCUACUGCACCUCCAUCAAGGAGCUGAGCGUCAGCGACUGCCGCUUCGUCAGCGACUUUGGCCUGCGCGAGAUCGCCAAGCUGGAGUCCCGCCUGCGGUACCUCAGCAUUGCGCACUGCGGCCGGGUCACCGAUGUGGGCAUCCGCUACGUGGCCAAGUACUGCGGCAAGCUGCGCUACCUCAACGCCAGGGGCUGCGAGGGCAUCACGGACCACGGCCUGGAGUACCUCGCCAAGAACUGCGCCAAACUCAAGUCCCUGGACAUCGGCAAAUGCCCUCUGGUCUCUGACACGGGCCUGGAGUGCCUGGCCCUGAACUGCUUCAAUCUCAAGCGCCUCAGCCUCAAGUCUUGCGAGAGCAUCACGGGCCAGGGCCUGCAGAUCGUGGCGGCCAACUGCUUUGACCUGCAGAUGCUGAACGUGCAGGACUGCGAGGUGUCCGUGGAGGCGCUGCGCUUCGUGAAACGCCACUGCAAGCGCUGCGUCAUCGAGCACACCAACCCUGCCUUCUUCUGAAGGGACAGCCUCCCGCCGUCGCUGUCGCCGUACAGACCUGAACAGAACACGUUGGUUUUUUUGUUUUGUUUUGUUUUUUCAGAGCAGCCUAUGUAAGCACCGACACCCACUCGGAACAGCUUCUUUCUUCCAGGAAGGUUCUUCUUAAGGAUCUGGCUUUUCUUCUUUCUAAUUUCUCACGGGCAACAGAGGGUUAGGAAAGGAGGGUGAGGGAGCCCCAUUUCUAUUCCAGACAACGGUUUUUUGCAGGGGGAAUCAGGUCAUUGGUGGUGAUGUCUCUUCUCAAAAACAUGUGCCUCAGAAAGCUGACUGCGAUGUCUUUAAGAACGCCCCCUUUUCAGUUUCUUUCCUCCUGGCCACAUCCCCGGAGUUCUGCACCCCAUCCAUCCAACCGUACCCCUCCCUCUCCUACAGUAACAACAAAUUGUCAGAAUAAUACUGCUCAUGGCACCCCACUCCAGUACUCUUGCCUGGAAAAUCCCAUGGACGGAGGACCCUGGUGGGCUGCAGUCCAUGGGGUCGCACAGAGUCGGACACGACUGAGCAACUUCACUUUCAUUUUUCACUU